AUGACCCAAGCCCAGUCAGUGUUUGUGUUGCAUGAAAAUUUAAUAUCCGUCUCCAAGGUGGUGCUCGUCUCCUGGAAGGAUAAGAAGCUUGGCACACAUGAAUUAGCAUUUUUUGUCAGCUCCCUUUUUAUAAACUUCAAAAGCAGAAGACUCACUGAACCUUCGGGGUACGUCACGGAUGGGCCUGGGAAUUACAAAUACAAGACAAAAUGCACCUGGCUCAUUGAAGGAAGGCCAAACACAAUCCUCAGGCUUCGGUUCAACCACUUUGCCACGGAGUGCAGCUGGGACCACUUGUAUGUGUAUGAUGGAGACUCCAUCUAUGCUCCCUUACUGGCAGCUUUCAGUGGUCUCAUUGUCCCUGAGAAGGACAGCAAUGAAACAGUCCCUGAAGUUGUAGCUACUUCUGGAUAUGCUCUCCUACAUUUCUUCAGUGAUGCUGCCUAUAACCUCACGGGCUUCAACAUCACCUACAAUUUCAAUAUGUGUCCCAACAACUGCUCUGGCCGGGGGGAGUGCAAACUCAACAGCAGCACCAAGGCCCUGGAAUGUGACUGUGCCAAAUACUGGAAGGGGGAAGCCUGUGACAUUCCCUACUGCACCGAGGACUGUGGGGCUCCUGAGAGGGGCCACUGCAACAGCAAUGACUCCAAGGCCUGUCUGUGCUCCCCGGGCUGGCAAGGUCCUGGCUGUUCAAUUCCUGUUCCUGCAAACCAGUCCUUUUGGACCCGGGAGGAAUAUUCUCUUCCCAAACUUCCCAGAGCAUCCCACAAAACUGUCAUCCAUGACAACAAGAUGUGGAUUGUUGGGGGCUAUGUCUUCAAUCACUCUGACUCUCAGAAGGUUUUAGCGUAUGAUCUUAUUUCUGAGGAGUGGCUUCCCCUGAACAACUCUGUGAACUCGGUAGAGAUGAGAUAUGGUCAUUCCUUGGCAUUACACGAGGACAACAUCUACAUGUAUGGAGGGAAGAUUGAUGCCACGGGGAACGUGAGCAGCCAGCUGUGGGUGUUCCACAUCUCCAACCAGAGCUGGGCCCAGGUGGCUCCCAAGGCCAAGGAGCAAUACGCCGUGGUGGGACACUCGGCCCACAUCGUCACCCUGCGGGACAACAGCACCGUCAUGCUGGUCAUCUUUGGCCACUGCCCCCUCUAUGGCUACAUCAGCAACGUCCAGGAGUACAACCUGGUGACAAAUACCUGGAGCAUUUUACAGACCAGUGGAGCUUUGGUGCAGGGGGGGUAUGGCCACAGCAGCGUUUAUGAUCCCAACACCAGAUCCAUUUACAUCCAUGGAGGUUACAAAGCCUUCAGUGCCAACAAGUACAGGCUGGCAGAUGAUCUGUACAAAUAUGAAGUCGAUUCCCGGAUGUGGACCAUCCUGAAGGACAGCCGCUUUUACCGCUACCUGCACACGGCCGUGGUGGUGAGCGGGACCAUGCUGGUGUUUGGGGGGAACACCCACAACGACACCUCCAUGAGCCACGGGGCCAAGUGCUUCUCCUCGGAUUUCAUGGCCUAUGACAUCGCGUGCGAUCGAUGGUCGGUCCUUCCCCGCCCGGGGCUCCACCACGACGUGAACAGGUUUGGACACUCGGCUGUGCUGUACAACAGCACCAUGUACGUCUUUGGAGGCUUCAACAGCCUCCUGCUGAGUGACAUCCUGAAGUUCACCCCCGAGAGGUGUGAGGCUUUUGCCAACGAGUCGUCCUGCCUGCGGGCAGGGCCCGGGGUCAGGUGUGUGUGGGCUCCCAACCCUCCCCGCUGCAUCCCGUGGGAAAACGCCACCCUGGAGCAGCAGCAGAAGGUCUUUGAAGACUGUCCUCCCAAGCCAGUUGUAGACAAUGAAAAAUGUGAUCAGAUUACAGACUGCUACAGCUGUACAGCCAACACCAACAGCUGUCAGUGGUGCUCUGACCAGUGCAUCCCAGCACACAACAACUGCACAGAGGAGCAGGUUCCUAUUACUCUCUAUGACAAUUGUCCCAAGGAUAAUCCUGCUUAUUACUGUAACAAAAAGACAAGCUGUAAAAGCUGUGCCAUGGAUCAAAACUGCCAGUGGGAGCCCAGGAAUCAGGAGUGCAUUGCUUUGCCAGCUGAUGACACUCCUGAGGUCUGGGAUGCCAUCCAGAGGGACUUGGACAGGCCCAAAACUUUGACUCCGUGGGUCGGCCUGAGGAAAAUCAACGUGUCCUACUGGUGCUGGGAAGACAUGUCCCCUUUCACUGACACCUUGGUCCAGUGGCUUCCCCAGGAACCCAGUGAUGCUGGCUUUUGUGUCUAUUUAGCUGAGCCAUCCCAGCAGGGCUUGAAGGUGGCGACGUGUAUCGACGAGCUCAACGGCAGCAUCUGCGAAAGGCCAGCUGAGAACUGCUCAGGCUACUGCACGUGUGCUCACUGCCUGGAGCAGCCUGGCUGUGGGUGGUGCACGGAUCCCAGCAACACCGGGAAGGGCAAGUGCAUGGAAGGCUCUUUCCGGGGUCCCGUCAGGAUGCCGAGCCCAUCCCCGGCAGGGAAGCAGAGCCUGGAGCCCGUCCUCAAUGUCAGCAUGUGCCCUGUGGAGAACAGCUACAGCUGGUCCUUCAUCCAGUGCCCAGCCUGCCAGUGUAACGGGCACAGCAAGUGUGUCAACGAGAGCAUCUGUGAGAAAUGUGAGAACCUGACAACAGGCAAACACUGUGAAACUUGUAUUUCUGGCUACUACGGGGAUCCCACCAACGGGGGGACGUGUCAGCCCUGCAAGUGCAAUGGCCACGCAUCCGUCUGCAACACCAACACCGGCAAGUGCUUCUGCACCACCAAGGGGAUAAAAGGAGAUGAGUGUCAGCUGUGUGAAGUCGAAAACAGGUAUCAGGGAAAUCCUCUCAAAGGAACGUGUUACUACACUCUCCUCAUCGACUAUCAGUUCACCUUCAGCCUGUCCCAGGAGGACGAUCGUUACUACACCGCAAUCAACUUUGUGGCCACGCCUGAAGAGCAAAACAGAGACCUGGACAUGUUCAUCAAUGCAUCCAAAAACUUCAACCUCAACAUCACUUGGUCCACAAGUUUUGCAGCUGGCACACAGGCAGGGGAGGAAAUUCCAGUUGUUUCCAGAACCAAUAUAAAAGAGUACAAGGACAGUUUCUCCAACGAGAAGUUUGAUUUCCGCAACAACCCCAACAUCACCUUCUUUGUUUACGUCAGCAACUUCACCUGGCCCAUAAAAAUCCAGAUUGCAUUCUCUCAGCACAGCAACUUUAUGGACCUGGUGCAGUUCUUUGUGACAUUUUUCAGUUGUUUCCUGUCCUUGCUCCUGGUGGCAGCUGUGGUUUGGAAGAUUAAGCAGAGCUGUUGGGCAUCACGACGGAGAGAGCAACUCCUGCGUGAGAUGCAACAGAUGGCGAGUCGCCCCUUCGCCUCCAUCAACGUUGCCUUAGAAACAGAUGAAGAGCCACCAGAUCUCAUCGGGGGGAGCAUAAAGACGGUACCAAAGCCCAUCGCGCUGGAGCCCUGCUUUGGGAACAAAGCGGCCGUUCUCUCCGUCUUCGUGAGGUUGCCUCGAGGACUUGGGGGAAUUCCACCACCAGGACAGUCAGGUCUCGCCGUGGCCAGUGCUCUGGUGGACAUUUCACAACAGAUGCCAAUUGCCUACAAAGAGAAAUCGGGCGCCGUCCGAAAUCGGAAACAGCAGCCCCCUGCACAGCCAGGAACCUGUAUUUGAUGCAUGGACAUCACAAACUCUCUAGGGUUUUAAACAAAAUGGAAAAGGAAUACCGAGGAGGAGGAGGAGGUGGAGGUGGAGGAGGAGGAAGAUUUCCAAGUUGUGUCCCAAGAGACUCGAAGCACUCGGGAAAAAAAAAAACAAGCAAAACAAAAACGAAACCACACCUUCCUUGAUCCCGACUUUUUUCUCUCUCAUCUCCGUGCUCUAGUUGGCUUUAUUUGACAACUGCUCCACUUAAGUUUUACUGACAACGUGGCUUCAGGUUGCUCCUUUUUUUUUUUGUUUUCCUUCGAGUUCUAAGUAAAAUAAUUUUAUUGCAGGGGGUCGGUGCCGCCGGUCCCUGCUGGGUGUAAAUAGAACAGUAGUCCAAUAUGAAUGACACUCAGGUUUCUACAUGGAAAGUGCUUUGUAGUUCAUGUAUUUAUCAAACUGUACAAAAGAGAAAAAAAAAAAAAAGAUCCAGUGUUUACAGGUGUCAGCUCUCAACACAUAAACACUACUAUUAAUCUUCAAAGCAUCUCCUCAUCCUUUGUUUUCAUUUAGUGUUUAAUUCCUCCCUUCAUUACUCGUUUUCAGUGGAACUCUCUUCCAGGCACAGCCUUUUUUGUUUGUUUGUUUGUUUGUUUGUUUGAUUUUUUUAAGUCAUCACGGUCCAGGAAUGCAAAAGCUGGGAUGGUUUGAAGGUUGAUGUCGCUCAGAACCGCGUGAAAUAACUGGAAAAAGUCGGAUGUUGCUUUGGAAGGACUCGGUGUUUACACAGUCUUAACCUGCUUGGAGUCCACCACACACAAGUGCCUAGACUUGAACAGAUCUAGGGAGUGAGGAGACUGCUCCACAUGCUUUUGAACACCAUUAAAUUCCUUUGAAAUAUCUGUACACUCAACAUCCAGAGUCGCCCGAGGCAAUCUGUGUUCUCUAUCCCAGGAAAAUGGCAUUUUCCUGCCUGACCAGCCGCUCACCCAGGUGGAAAUACCUGGAGGGCGAGUAGAGUUUCGGCGUCUCACGAGCAAACUCCUGGUUCCACCAGCGUUUUCCCAGCAGCAGUUUGUGUUCCAGGUCAGGUCCAUCAGAUUCCUCCUGAUUUUGGCCUCUUUCCUCCUCCUCCUCCUCCCCUUUCCCUUCUCCCGCCCUGGAUGAGAGCUGAGCCGGGAGCCGUCGCUCCUCGGUGGUUACAGGGUUUGCUCCACCUCCUGCAGGGUGUAAAAAACAACACUCCACAUCCCAGAGCGCUCGAGGAUGAAUUAAAAAAAAGAACUUUAAACAAAAACCGAGCAGGGCAAGUUGGUUUGGCCACAGGUUCGAGACCUGCUGGUGUUUGAGCUCUGGUGGAUGUCGAAGAAGUGGCUGGUUGGGGAAAGGGUUUUGCAAACAGCAGAGAGAAGGUUUGGCUUUUUUGGGGAGGCAUCAAACCAUCUGAACUGCUCUGGUGAGUUGAGGUUGUGUUUGGAGGCUCAAGGCUGGGCUUGAUGAGUUGAGGUUGUGUUUGGAGGCUCAAGGUUGGGCUCAGGGUUGGGCUUAACCCUUUUGCCUGUGCGUGGUGGUGGUGCCCAGUGUUUCCUUGGAGUCUGGAAUGUGGCACAGCCAGGGCCUCAGGACGUGGUGGUGUUUUGGAGCUGGUGGGAAGGUCUUAGUGAAGGUACCAAACUGUGUAAUUAUGGCUCAGUCACAGUAAUUUUGGGUCCAGUCACUGGAUUGUGUGGAGAACAUCUAAUAUUUAUUAAACGCCCAGGAAUUGCUCUUGGAUCUUCUGGUCAGGUGGCACUUUCCAAACUGAAACCCAAAGCACUGCAUCUUUUUUUUUAAUGCACAUUUUGGUGAUCAGUCACAUCAACCACUCAUUUUUUGGGCUGUUUUCCUUUUUUUUUCUAGCCAUGUAUUUUGAAGAGGCUUUUCAGAGCGUGGCAGUGUCACAGCAAAGAUGUGGAGUUGCUGGCAGAGGUGAUGGGAACAGCCUGGUUGGUGGUCUGGGGGACCCUGGUGGGUGAUAAUUCCAAAUUAAUGUGUCAUUUAACAAGUGCAGUGGGACUGCAAAAGGGUGUUGGGGCUGGAGAAAAACAUUAGGGAAAAAAAGUGCAUUUUAUAUAUAAAUAUAUAUAAAUAUGUAUAUAAAUAUAUAUAAAUGCAUCUGUUUCUAAACCAGAAGUUUAAAUGCCCUCUGAGAAAAAGGAAUUCUGGGUGGAAAAGGGGUGAGUUUUGUGUUUUAGGAUGAAGGGAUUUAGGUAGUUUAAGUUUUAUCUGAUGCACAGAUUACCUCAUACAGAUUCAUCUCCUUCCUAACUUGCUCUGUGAUAGGACUGACCUGAACUGGAGAAAUAAGACUGGACUAAAAUCCCCCCCUGUUAUUCCAUGUUUUCAGCCACGAUGCUCAUCCUUAUGUUUGGAAAUGUCUUCUUCUUGCUCUUGCAACCCUUUUUUUUUGGGAGGAAAACUGCCACCUCACGUGGAGAAAACCCUUGGGCUUGAGUCUCCCUAGUCAGGACAGAGCUUAAGGAGGGGCUUAAAUUUCUUGCUGAGAUUAUUCCUGAGCAGAAACAGCUCCCAGAACUGGAGGCCCUGGAAGGGUGAUAGAUUUUUUUUUUUUUUUACAUUCAUAAAAAGACAUAAACAUUGAUUUUCUGGGGGGAGGGUUUCCCACCCCUGGAGAGAUGGAUUGUCAGGUCUCCAAAGCCACGAAACGAGGUGUCAAGAUUUUGGGCAAAAAGAGCAAAAGUGAUCAAAGUUUUGAGGUUUAGCAGAACAACAAAAAAAAAGUCAGUAGAGGGACAAGAGUUAGUGAUAUAAAUAGCAGGGUUAUUUGUAUAAAUAAAAGCUCCUUUAGGAUGUGGCUCUGCUCUGCAUCUGAUCUCCAAACCGAUGAGGGACAAGAGAACUCAUACAAGAGCUCUGCUGCAGUUUCAUCCCAACGUGAAGGUAAAACAGGGAAAAAAGUGGGAAGGAAUGGGAAUUUCUGGUAGUUUAUCACCAGGCCAAUAUAGUGAAGGAUUUGUGGGAAUAUUUCCUUUGGAAGUGAAGUGGGGAGGGGAAAGAGCAACCUGAAUUUCCUGGGAGAAUCUGUAAAUAAAUGACAAACAACACCCGGAUUUUGCACUUGGACGUAAAAUCUCCAGCAACUUGCAGGACGUGGAGGGAUUUAAAAUGUGCAUAAACCAGAAAAAAACCCCAUUGAAUGUAUUUUUGAUGCUUUUUAAGUGCUGUCUGAGUUUUGUCUUAAUAACUCCUUCGGCUGAUCAGCGUUAGGUGACUUUCCAGAGCUCGAAACAUCAGAUUAUAUCUCGUGGUGUCUCGCCAAGCAGGGAGGCAUAACUUGAUUUUUUGUGUUCGAAUGCAUUUCACUUCAGUGUAGAAACCAAGGGAAAGAACAGCUUUUCCCACUGAAAAAAGGAGGGAAAACCCAACACUUGGGAGACAAGGAAUAAACGUCCCUAAAUUUAGUCACCACGUGGAGGAUUAAGGCAGCAGUUGAAGCCUCUGUUAUUAAGAUUGUGGCAGUGAUUCCCAUCCAAAAAUCACUAUUUUCCAUCCAAAAUCACUGUUUUCGGGUGUUUAGAACCGGCUGAAAUUCAGCAUUUGAUGUCUCAACCCUCAGAACUUUUCAAUUCUUUGAGAGGAGCCUUUUUUUUUAAAAAAAAAAUAAAAUAAAAGGUCAGAAGUGUUUUAGCCCUUUUAUUCUGCCGGGUCUCCAAAUAACAAAAAACCUCAGACUUGUUUUUCUUUUUAAUUCCCCGUUUUCCGUGGGUUUUAGCCCGGGAUUUUCUCUGGGCUGUCACAGCCUGACCCCACCAGGCUCUGGGUGGAUAUUUUGGGUACCAGAAGGUUUGUGAGACACAACUUUGGAGUUGUUGUCGCUCUCCCUGGGCUUAAAAAGUGCUGGGUUGAAGUUGCCAAAAUAAGGCUGUUGAACAGAAAUCAUGGCAUGGAGUGUCCCAGAAUUCAGUGGGAUGGUGCCAUUAACACGUGGCAGCUCCUUUGGCUGCUUCCUUAGGGAUAGUUUAAGUCCCAAGUAUUGCUCAGAAACAUUAUUUCUCCGUGGUAAAUGUUCCCGAGGUGCAGGGUCAGCGGGAUCAUGGAAUGGUUUCCAAUGGAAGCUCAGCUUGUCCCGCCCUAAAUGAGCUGAAUUUUGGGGCUGAAAUCGAACUUUAGGCUUUUCCCACGACCUGCUGGAAUUCCAGAGCCGCCGAGCCGAGGCCGACUCUCCAUCCAGGUGUUUUCCAGCUGCUUUGCCUUUCCCACAAGCCCCUGAGUUAGGGCAUCAGCUGCAUCCCAGGAGCCUUUUCCCUGGAAGCAGGGCCUCACUGGUGAGGGAGCAAAGAGUGGACUCUGCAUUCCCGGAGCGACUCCCAACCUCAUCCGCCCGCUCCCAGCCAGCAGUGGAUGCCUCUGCUUCUCCCAUUUUAUCCAUUUGGGAAUGCCACAGGGAAGGGGAGGGCUGAGCUGCAGGAGCAGGUGGGAGAGGGAGUUGUGAGGGGUUUAUUGGGAAGAUCCUCAGGAGCUGCGGGAAGAAGGGGGGGUCUCUGUCUUAUUUUUGGGAGCAUUCUUGGCAAUUUUUGGUCGAAUUCCCGCUUUUCCCGUCGGGAGCUGCUGAAACUGGGUUUGCCACGCCAGGACUACGACAGUUUGUGUAUAUGCUGGGUUUUUUUCUGCAUCAGGGCAGGUUUUAUUCAGUUUGUUCCCUUUGUUCCGACACUACCCCCGGGGCCGUUUGUGUGCGUCUUCCAGGUACUACAAUUCCUUGGCCGUUCCCUCUCUCAGUUUGUCACCGAUUCCACAAACCCUCAUCAAGGAGAAAGAAGGAAAAAAAAAACCAACAAAUAAAUAAAAAAAUCACAGUUGUGGAGGAGCAUUAACAUACGUCAGUCCAUUUUUUUUACAAAAAAUUAAAAAAAAAAUAGAAAAAAAAGAAGAGAAAAUAAAAAUAAGAGUUUUAUAUUACUCCGAAAUUUGUGCACAAUAAAUGUUCUUUCAGACCCUCGAAUUAAUUGCAUUCUGGAUUUUCUUUUUUUUCUUUUUUCCCCCCCUCUCCUCUUUGUCCUGUAAUUAUUUACGAUUCUUCUGUGUGUUCAGACUCGGGCUUAGUUUGUUAAUAUGUAUAAUUUAGCAUUUCUUGCAUUCAUAUGUAAAUAGGAGCAAGUAUUGUAAACUAUUUCAUUGCUGGGGUCUUGGGUGUUAUACAUACACACAUUUAGGACUGCAGUUUUUUGGUAUAAUUUUUUUGUAUUGUAAAAUAACAGCUAAUUUAAAAGCCGGAACGAGGAAAAUCUUGGGAGGUCUGUGCAUUUUAAAUACAAAUGUGAAGUACCUGUAUAUAAAUAAAAGUAAAUAAUGCAAAAUCUUUCCUCUGAAAUAAAAAGUAGAUGAUCUGGUUAA